AUGAGUCAAAUGACAAAACUUUUAAUAAAUGCAGGACAUGAUGUAACUGUUUUGUCUGCUAAAAUUGAUGAAUCUUUAAAAGAUCCAUAUUAUCAAGAUGGUAAAAUAUAUUAUAGUGAUAUAGAUCGAGAACUGGCUGAUUUAGUAUCUGGUGAAGAACAAAUUAAGCAAAUAUGGAAAGUUUCAAAAAAUCCAGCAAGCAAUAAAAAGAUUUUUAAAAAUUUUCUAAAACUUAAAAGACACAUGGGAGAAACAAUAUUAAAAGAUGAAAAAUUAAAAGAAUUUAUUAUAUCACAAAAUUUUGAUGCUGCAAUUGCAGAAGGUAUGUAUCCAUUCUUAUUUGGAGCUUUUAAAUAUUGGAAGAUAGAAACAACAAUUUUAACAACAUCAACUGCUAUGUUUGAUACUUUUUAUCCAAUGUUUGGUAUUCCAUUUCCGAUGUCUUAUGUACCGUCAAUAUUUCAUGGAUCAUCAGACAGAAUGUCAUAUUUUGAACGAGCAACAAAUAUGUUUUUAUAUUAUUAUUUUGUAUAUUUUUCUGAAUUUAAUACAAAAUAUUCUGGCUUGAAUGAUGUUUUUGAUGAGAAAUUUGGAGUUGGCUUUUAUGAUUUUAAAAAAACAAUGACUAAUGCUUCAUUUGUUUUGAUAAAUUCUAAUCCAUUUUUAGAUAUUCCUACACCUAAAAGUCCAAAAAUGAUUGAAAUAUCUGGUAUAGGAAUACCAAAACCAAAUCCAGUUUCUAAAGAAUUUGAUGAAAUAUUAAAUAAAAGAAAUAAAACAAUUUUAAUAUCUUUUGGAUCUGUAGCUAAAAGCACAUAUAUGGAACAAAAAUUAAAAGAUGGGAUAUUGAAAACAAUAAAAAGUUUUCCUGAUAUAACAUUUAUUUGGAAAUAUGAAACACCAGAAGAUGGUCAUGGUUCUGGUAUUGAUAAUUUAAUUCUUAGCAAAUGGGUUCCACAAAAUGAUUUAUUAAAUGAUGAAAGAUUAACACUUUUUAUUACACAUGGUGGAAUGGGAAGUACAACAGAAGUUGCUUUCAGUAAUACUCCAGCUUUAGCUAUUCCUGUUUUUGGUGAUCAAUUAAGAAAUGCAAAAUUACUUGAAAGGUUAGAAAUUGGAUUAACUGUUGAAAAAGAAAUUCUUGCAAAUUCUGAAAAAUUUAGAGAAAAAAUAUUAGAAGUUUUAAAUAAUAAAAAGUAUAAAAUUAAUUCUUUGAGAACAGCAGAAAUGUUAAAUAAUAGACCAAUAUCUUCGGAAGAAUUAGUAAUAAAACAUAUUGAAUUUGCAUGCAGAUUUGGACAACUACCACAAUUAGAUUUAGCUUCUAAAGAUAUGGGAACUAUAGAAUAUUAUAAUCUUGAUAUCAUAAUUCCUUUUAUUACUAUAUGUAUAAUUGUUAUUUAUGGAAUUUUCAAAUUAAUUUGUUUAAUUGCUUCAAAAAUGUUUUAUAAUAAGAAAAAAAAAGAUUAA